GGGACACUACUGAGAAUAAAAAGAAAGAAAGAGAAACACCAUGACACCCCCCGAAGUCCUCCUUCUUGGCGGCCACGGCAAAGUAGCCUUACAUCUUACCCCUCUCCUCCUCGCCCGCAACUGGAACGUGACCAGCGUCAUCCGCAACCCAGAACACGAAAACGAGAUCCUAGCUCUCCAGAAGCAACAUAAGGGGAAAUUGAGUGUCCUCAUAUCCAGUCUGGACGAUGUGAAGAGCGAUGACGAUGCAAAGGCCGUGCUGGAUAAGGUACGACCGGAUUAUGUGGUUUGGUCUGCUGGAGCAGGAGGAAAAGGCGGACCAGCACGAACCAAGCAAAUCGACGAAAUAGCCGCAAAACACUACAUAGCAGCCUCCUUCGCCGACAGCAAAGUACGGAAAUUCCUCCUCGUCUCCCAUCUGGGCAGUCGACGGAACAAGCCCAGCUGGCUUUCGGAUGAGGAAUGGAAGUACCUUAUGCAUAUCAAUACCGAUGUGCUUCCGGCGUACGCCAAGGCUAAGCUCGAGGCGGAUGAGUAUCUGACUGCUCUUGCGGCGAAGAAGAGGAAGACGGAUCCUGGAUUUCAGGCGAUUCUGCUCCGGCCUGGGUAUCUGAGUGAUGAGCCUGGCACAGGGAAGGUGGAGCUGGGCAAGACGCGUGCGAAGGGAAGUGUGCCGAGGGAGGAUGUUGCGCGGGUUGCAGAUGAGUUGCUCGCCAGGGAUGAUACGAGGGGGUGGGCUGAUUUGUUGGGUGGGGAGGAAAAUAUUGAGGAUGCUAUUGACAGGUUUGUAAAGGAGAAGAUUGGUGUCGUGGAGGGAGAGGAUGUCGAGGGGAUGAUCAAAAGAUUCUCUCUUUAAAAAGUCAUAUAUAUAGCUAUAUGUACUUGAUUUUCUCGGACCACUGCGACUUUCCCCUUCUGGACGUCUCCACUUUAAUGAGGGCACUCAGAGUCUGCUCAGUGAUCAGUCACAUGACCACCUGAGACCUACUCCCUGUCCUUUAUUUUGUACGGGCAGUUUGGCAACGGUACCGGAUUCACCAUUUGCAACCUUCCCACGCCAGUUAAUAUGUGCAUGCAAAAUGAUGCAAGCAGAAAACUGAUGGUGAUUAAAU